UCUCACCUUCCUUCCGCUUCCCUUUCUUUCCUUCCCCGACCCUUACCCCUAUUUUCUCGCCGGUUUUGUGGAUUACCGACGCCCAAAUCGAAACAGCGCGCCGCUCCGAUCAGUAAUUCCGAGGCGGCGUUAACGGAAUCCCGAUCGAAAAUCGAGGCUUUCAGCGUCAGAUCUACCGACCUAGGCUUUUUUGAUGUUUUGAUUCCCGCAAUUUUGGAUGUGAUUUGAGAACAUUAGGUCGGGCAUCGGUUGAUCCGAGGAACUGAUAUAGUUUGGCGUUCGGGAUGCGAGAAGAUAUCCACUUCCGUAGAUUUUAGGUUUGUUUCCCAUUUUUUGGUUGAGGAGAAGGUAGAUUUCUGUUUUCCAUCGGAGAUGGAGGUGGAGCGAGUUAGAAGGAAUGGUAAUUCUUUCUAUUUUUCUGAGAGUUUGAUGGAUGGGUGCGUAGCCCAUUCCAGAAAGUUUGAUGGCCGUGCGACGAUCCCAGUAUCCUCCUCUUCGUUUCUGCCUUCUUCUUCCUCUUCUUCCCCGAUGGCUGUUAAAUAUAUCGAGCACCGUGUCUCCAAGAUGGAUACGCUUGCCGGUGUUGCCAUCAAGUAUGGCGUUGAGGUAGCAGACAUAAGAAGACUGAAUGGUUUGGUGACAGAUCUUCAGAUGUUUGCUCGCAAAUCAUUGCAAAUUCCUCUGCCAGGAAGGCAUCCCCCAUCUCCAAUUCUUUCAAAUGGUUCAGCCAAUAACGGAGAACAGACUCCUCUCCAUCAGCCUCAUAUUGAUGUCUUAGAUUCAUUCCACUCACUCAAGUUGAAACCCCCUCGAUGCAAAAUCUCCCCAGCCAUGAGCAGUUUACAGGGGUACUAUGGCCUCACACCCCCUAAAAGGGGUCCAACACCUGAAGGCACUGAAAUGGCCGUCUUCAAAGCACGCAGGUCCCUUUGCUUGGAGGAUGAACCUUUGCCUGGUGAGUCACUAAUCUCUGACCCUCUUCAUAGCUGGAAUCAGAAGUCUAGAAGUGUGGCAAAUGGAUUCUCAUCGGACAAUGGUGAAAUUGUGGAGGACAAAAUAGUAGUAGAAGCUGCUGACAACAGUGAAGCUGAGAGAUCUAUCAGGAGGCGUCAAAAAGCUGAUGCCCAGCCAUCACAUCGUACACCAGAAUUAUUGUUGGAGAAUAGUAGUGGAGGAUACUCAGGGAGGACGGCAAAAGGCCUUGCUCUGAGGCCACCAAAAUCAGGGAGCCGAACAGACAUGGAUAUGGGCCGCCCAAAUGGUGUUCCUUUCGGAGAGUCUCUCGUGGCUGAUGGGUUUUCUACCGUCCGUAAAUCAUCCAGCACUUCCAAUUUGCAAGACCCUGAUAACAGCUCCUCUAUACGGCCAACGAACAAGUGGACUUUGAAACAUGAUGCUUUUGCUAGGCCUCUUUUUGAUGGCUUGCCAAAGCCCACAUCUGUAAGGAGGAAUAAAGCUGCUCUGGAUUAGUCACCAUUUUACAUGUUAGUCAAAUUGUUGCUGCAUCUGAUACAAUCUUUCAACUCAUGGGAGUUAGUUCUUCUAUAUCAUGCCUUGAAUCAAGCAAGGUUUGCACGGUAUAUAUAGUUCACUACAAGGGAAAGAAGAGGCGUAGGAAAAGAAAAUGUCAAUAAUAUUAGCUCCACCUGUUGCAAUUGGCUGAAAAGAUAGUCACCAGGUUUGGUUGUUCCUUGUAUCACAAUUGGAAGGAUAAACUUGACAAUAGCCGAAAUCCUUUUCGGUCAUCCGAUCACUAUUUAUAUGUAGUUAAUGCCCCACCUGUUGUUCGAAGGAAUUUUUUUGUAUAAAUGCAGAUGUUGUAUUCAUAGCAAGGAAAUCAAAUGUUGUAUUUUUUUUCAUAUAUAGUUGAUAUGGACAUACUUCAAUCAGCCUUCUUCUGAUAUUAAUGUUGAUGCUUCUGGUUUUGUAUUGCCUUUA